GGUGGUUUGAUGACGUAAUCUUUUCACGUUGCGAAUGGACCUAAAGGCGAUAUCGGUCCUCUAUAUAAAGCGUAGUGAACUUUGACAUUAGCGGCUCAGUCGUGCAGCUCGUUCCGUCCUAUUGUUGUCAUCACCAUCUUUUUAAAAAUGACGACUACAAUCGCGCCGUUGCUGUACUCGACCACGAUUGCUCCGUCUUACGUCACGGCCGGUCCGUCUUACAAUGUCGUCGAAGCUGGUCCAGCCUAUGCUGCCCCGCAAAUGCCUGUGCCCAUCCCGUUGACGCCGAUGGUGAUGAUGCCCGAACAUUUGCUGGUCGAAGAAGAGACGAACGAGUUUGGCAUCGGCAAGUUGUUGAAGAAAGUCAUCGCUUUGCCGCUGGCCAUUGUUCUGCCCAUCACCAUUCCGCUCAUCCUCAUCAUCAAAUACCUUUUAGCUGGACAAGGCCUCGCUAAUAAGCCUUUCAUUAGCGGCGGAGCGUUCGGCACUCAAGUUCCAGUGGCGCCCGAGUUGGUGCAAACGACGCCUUUCUUCACGACGACGCCGAUGCCCAACGCCUACGCCGGCCCGCAGAAUUACGGCAGCGCUCCGCAGGGGUACGGUGGAGCACCGCAAGGAGCUCCGCCAGGAUAUGGCGGGUCAGCACAAGAUAAUCAGAGCGGACCCGACGGUUGGAAUCGUAGGCGUCGCGAAGCCAAUGAGACUAGUUCCGGCUUUCCGUCGAUGAGUUUGGCGCAAAUCGAGAAGCUGACGCAAGUCGUGUUUGCCGCGAUGCGUUCGCAGGAAUGCAUCCAGCGUUUAGUCUGCGAAUUGGGUUCCAUGUCUAAAUCGUUCUCUGAUACUGCGCAUACCGUGACGGCGGCCGUCGAGUCGUUUGUUCCGGAAUCGAUCAAAGAGUCGUACGACGUGUUUGUCAAAGCGGAGAAAUGCGAACAAUACGUUUGCGGUUCGCUGGCCGUCAAGAAAUGAUGCAACUCCUCGAGUGCAUUUCAAUGUUAAAUAAUAAUUCCCAAAGUACAGUGCAGUUCAGCUUUUUUUUUUUUUUGUUUUUUAAU